GAGGCGGAAGAUGGCGGCGGCCGCGGCGGCGCUGCUCUCGGCCUGGUUCUGGAACGAGCGGUUCUGGCUGCCGCGCAACGUCACCUGGGCGGACCUGGCGCGGGAGCCGGGCGCGGGGGGCGGCAGCGGCGCCCAGUACCCGCAGGCCGGGCACGUCCUCUCCGCCUUCCCGCUCGCGCUGGUCAUCUUCGCCGUCAGGCUGCUGUUCGAGAGGUUUAUUGCCAAACCAUGUGCCAUAAAGCUUGGCAUUCAAGACAAUGGACCUCACAGAGUUCAGUCCAAUGCAAUUCUAGAGAAAGUGUUUACAUCCAUCACUAAGUAUCCAGAUGGAAGAAGGUUAGAAGGUUUGUCAAAGCAGCUAGACUGGGAUGUUCGAAAGAUCCAGCGCUGGUUUCGUCAUCGUAGGAACCAGGACAAACCCACCAUCCUCACUAAGUUUUGUGAGAGCAUGUGGAGGUUUACGUUUUAUUUAAGUAUAUUUUCUUAUGGACUCAAAUUUAUCUGGUCGUCACCAUGGUUUUGGGACACGCGACAAUGCUGGUACAACUACCCUUUUCAACCCCUAACAUCCAGUCUUUACUAUUAUUAUAUCAUGGAGCUGGCCUUCUAUUGGUCUCUCAUGUUUUCUCAGUUUACAGACAUUAAACGAAAGGGCUCAAGCCUGAACACAGCUAUUUAUAGUGCCACACCUCAAGUCUCCUCUGUGAUCAUUUGGCUGCCAAAGAUCCCUCACAUUCAUCUUCCCCUUUCAGGAUUCCUGAUCAUGUUUGUCCAUCACUUGGCUACAAUUGGACUCAUUACGUUUUCCUAUAUGAAUAACAUGGUGCGGGUUGGAACUCUGGUGCUAUGUCUACAUGAUGCCUCAGACUUCCUCUUAGAGGCUGCAAAGCUGGCCAAUUAUGCUAAGUACCAGCGCCUGUGUGAUGCCACCUUCAUGCUCUUUGGUGUUGUGUUCAUAGUCACUCGACUGGGUAUUUACCCUUUCUGGAUCUUGAAUACGACCUUGUUUGAGAGCUGGGAGCUAAUUGGCCCUUAUCCUUCAUGGUGGUUGUUCAAUGGAUUGUUGGUAACCCUGCAGGUUCUGCACAUCAUCUGGUCCUGUCUCAUCAUUCGCAUUGCCUACAAGGCCCUGAUGCGAGGAAAGGUAUCAAAAGAUGAUCGCAGUGAUGUAGAGAGCAGCUCUGAAGAGGAGGACAUGACUUCAAAUAGUACAAAAGGAAUCUUCAGCACUUCAAGCAAUGGUGCCAAUCGGAUUAAUGGUCAUGUGGCUAGUGCCCAAUGGGCAGAAGAGGAGUAAGGCCAGAGGAGGUCUCCAGCAAACACAGACUUGUCUCUAAAUAUCUAGAUGUGUUGCACUCCACAUUUCUAGGUGAUCUUUAAUCAAGAUACCCCUACCCUCAAAAAACAUCCAUCAAAUUGGAGAUGGGCACAAUCCAGACCAGUCUAAAGUUUCACACCACAGAAGGGACUGAGCCAAUUACUAGUGCAAAAACAAAGAUGCAAAUUUCACUUUUUAAAGAAAAUAUGCCAUUUUGUAUUUGUCUCCUAGUCCCAUCUCUCAUAUUAUUUGCAGAAGUAUUGUGUGUAUGUGAGACAAACUGGUUUUUACUAAGAUCAACUCAAGCUUGAUGGGAUGGACGUUGACUGUGGACUGGUUACGGUACCAUUCCAAAAAUGUUUCUUGACCCAGUGCAAGUUCAGUAUGUUUUCUGAUGCACUCCAGGAUCCAUUUAGAUUGUGUGGUCUAGUAUCACUCAGAUACGUCAUGCUGUAAGCUGCCCAGGCUGUAGCACAGACGUUUUUUUUUAAAUCAUUUCUAAAUUAUCAGUCUGCUGUGACCAUGUUACAGCCAUGCAUUGAAUCAGAUUGUGAUGGACAAAGCAUGUUUUAACUUGCCAUUUGGAUGCUAUGUGCUAAAGAAAUGAUAGUUUAUAAUCUGUGCUGUUAGGAUGGACCAAGUGGUAUUUGCUGCCUAUUGUGGUUCUGAAUGCCAUCCAAAGUCUUUAAAAUGUUGCACUCCUGACCCUAAUGUAGAAAAACUAUCACAGCACAUGCAUAUCUGCAACUCAUGUGAACUUAGUCUUUUACAGGAGUUAUGGGAUGUGGUUGGUUAUAUUUAUAAGACAGGACAUAGCCAAAGAUGAAGCAAUGCUGGUGGGUUAUAUUAACUUUCCACACAGGCAGAGGUUGCGCCCCUACCUGUGUGUUUUUUAGACAGAAGUGAGCACUGCUGCAGCUGCCUUUCCGCCUACUGACUUUUGGAAAUCAGGACAGCAGAGGCUUUCACUUCUUUCUUUACUCAAUGGUACUUCAGGGGCAUGGAAGACACUGUGUGUCAUAAUCAUGUGCAGGACUCAGAAAAUUUCUUGAGUCAUUUUAUACAAUUGUUUUACUCUUAUCUCUGAUUAAAAAAAGCUUCAGAAAG